GCGCAGCAGCGGCUCCGGCAGAGGGAGGAAUCAAUUGGGAUACGUUGUGUUAUAUCAUUCGGCUUUCGGGAAUACUUUCAUUUUCCUCUCAGAAGAUAUGAGACGAGUUGUACGACAGAGCAAAUUCCGUCACGUCUUUGGCCAGGCGGUGAAGAAUGACCAAUGCUACGAUGAUAUCCGGGUUUCGAGGGUCACAUGGGACAGCGCCUUCUGUGCAGUCAACCCCAAGUUUGUUGCCAUAAUUAUUGAGGCCAGCGGUGGUGGAGCUUUCCUCGUUCUCCCUCUACACAAGACGGGACGCAUUGACAAAUCCUACCCCACAGUGUGUGGUCACACAGGCCCGGUGCUAGACAUCGACUGGUGCCCCCACAAUGACCAGGUCAUUGCCAGUGGCUCUGAGGACUGCACGGUGAUGGUAUGGCAGAUUCCUGAGAAUGGCCUCGUCACUUCCAUGUCUGAGCCAGUGGUGGUAUUGGAGGGCCACUCCAAGCGCGUUGGCAUCAUCACAUGGCAUCCAACAGCACGCAAUGUCCUUCUCAGUGCAGGUUGUGACAACCAGAUCAUCAUCUGGAACGUGGGCACAGGUGAAGCCAUGAUCAGCCUCGAGGACAUGCAUCCUGAUGUGAUUUACAACGUGUGCUGGAACCGCAGUGGCAGCCUUAUCUGCACCGCCUGCAAGGACAAGUCCAUCCGCGUCAUUGACCCCCGCAAGGAGACGAUUGUUGCUGAGAAGGAAAAGGCACAUGAGGGCGCUCGACCCAUGAGGGCCAUUUUCCUUGCUGAUGGUAACGUCCUCACCACCGGGUUCAGUCGCAUGAGUGAGAGACAGCUGGCUCUCUGGAACAUACAAAACAUGGAGGAGCCCAUGACUGUUAAUGAGAUGGACACCAGCAAUGGAGUGCUUUUGCCCUUCUAUGACCCAGACACCAACGUUGUUUACCUCUGUGGGAAGGGUGACAGCAGCAUCCGUUACUUUGAAAUCACAGAUGAGGCUCCAUAUGUUCACUUCCUUAACACCUUUGUCACCAAGGAGCCCCAGAGGGGCAUGGGCUACAUGCCCAAGAGGGGCCUUGAUGUCAAUAAGUGCGAAAUUGCCAGGUUCUACAAACUGCAUGAAAGGAAGUGCGAGCCAAUUGUGAUGACUGUACCUAGAAAGUCGGACCUGUUCCAGGACGACCUGUACCCAAACACAGCUGGACCAGACCCUGCCGUGGAGGCUGAGGAGUGGUUUGAGGGCAAGAAUGGAGACCCCAUCCUCAUCUCCCUCAAGGAUGGCUAUGUCCCGGGCAAGAACCGUGAGUUCAAGGUGGUCAAAAAGAACAUUUUGGACAACAAGGUCACCAAGAACACAGAGAACUCGUGCCCUGCCAACAAGCCUGCCUCCCCAACUCCAUCGAUUAAAUCUGAAGCCAAGCUGGAGGAGAUCUUGAAAGAGGUCAAAUCCCUCAAGGACCUGGUCAGCAGUCAGGAGAAGCGAAUCAUCAAACUUGAAGAGCAAAUGUCCAAAAUUGCCAUUUAAGGACCCUUUGCCGAACCCGCUACAAUUCAGGACGUUCCAUUGGCUGGGGGGUGGGCGGGAACAGUCACUGCCUAUCUCAAUGACAGUGUUUCGUCUGAGUCCUGCCUAGCAACGAUCCCUAGCAACAUUCCAGAUGAACUUUUUCUUAGCUGGCCCCCGACCCUCAGUUUAACACAGGUGGAAUAAGGACAUGUGGCAAAUUUAGCAGAAAAUACUCUUGCUUUUUGGUGACAAAGGACUCAAUUCCUUUUAUUCUGUGGCAGUCUUUUUUUUUUUUUUAUUUUGUCUACUUGUAUAAAAAGGUCUUACAUAAUUCUUUUCAUUUUAGAAUAAUGACCAAGAAAAUUCCAGUGUCAGCAGACCCCAUUUACUAUUGUAUAUCUCUAUAUUUUUUAAGUAGGUAUCAGUGUUUCAUGUUAGCGUACCCCAAAAUUAUAACGUUGCCAAAUCUGGAAUUUUGUUUACACCUCCUUAACAGUAUUUUUUUUUUUCUCUUAGUGGGAAUAUUUAAAAUGCAAACAGUGAAACUCAGUGCAGUAGACUGGUUAUGUGAGGAGGAUGAUCAGUUCAUCAUUAAUUCACUACAAAAUUAAAACAAUAAAAUUGGAUUGUUCUUACAGGAGGACUGACAUUUCAAAUUCUGUAGUUAAAAGAAAAUACAUUCCAGUUUGCCACAGUCUACACCGAGCACUCAGACACACUAUAAAUGACACAUUCUCGCUGUCUGUCUUGAAGCUGCACAAAUUAGUGCCUGCUUUUUGCUUCUUCUUCUUUUUUUUUUCUUCGCAUUUCUGUUGCUUCCUGUCAUCCUGACUGUGGACACAAUAGUCCAUCUAAACAUGCAUUCCUUUCUACUUUGCUUCAUUAACAUGCACUCUGCACUUAUUGAAGAAAAUGACAAACACAUUCCACAAAUCUCAUUGGCUCUUCUUGGUAUGAGAGAGGAGAAAAAAAACAAACAAAUUCCAGGUUCCUCUUUCUGUAAACGCUCUACUGUAGUGAUUCAGUUACACUGGUUGGUCGUUCUUUUUGAUAUUUUAUGUGCUGCCCAUGGAAAGACCAACUUUCAUCCUUUCUGUAGAAGAACUCUUGUUUUUGUGAGAGGUUCUGUCACCAACCUCCGUUCGCUAUCCGUGGGUCAACGCACAGGUGUAGUCAAGUGUAGUGAGAUUAUUUCUUGUCGCUGUUCUUUCGCAUUGUAAAACAUCUCACGUCUGGAUUUUCUGUAUAAAACGAAACAGGAAUAAUAUGAAAUGACACCAAAUAAUCACACAUUGGCUUGACUAUUUAAAACCAGCUGGCGACGAAGCUGGAGAUUGCUACGGAAACUGUUCAUGGUAGACCUCAAAGGCCUAAGAUUGUGUGAAUAUGUGCCUCAUGUCUUGGCCUUGUGGGUGCUUGUCACUAUGGAUGUUCCUGCUUUGUUUCUUAUUCAGUGGGUUAUGAAAUGGACUCACAGUAGAGGGUCCAAGACUUGCCUCUAAUUUGGAAGAAUUUCGUUGUUGGGUUUUCACUUCGCAGUUAAUUUUAGCCCGUUUCUUGUUCCAGCUGUGCUUAUAUCCCUCUUAGCACUUCCACGUCUCAGUCCUUUAAUGGUUGUUUUUUUCCCAGAUGCCCCAAUUCAGUAUAGUUAAACAUAAGGAACCAUUGAAUUGUCCAAUCCGAGUCGUUUUGCUCCGAUUAAAGCUCUAUUUUUUUUUAUUUUUUGGAUGUUUUAGAUGUGUUUCCCAGUGGGAAGCUGAGACGGGUAAUGGUUCAGUCUGUUGUUUGCCUUCAACAAUUGUUACCACUGUAAAGACCUGAAAGUGCCAUAGAGGUGACCCUGGAAGUGUUUGUAGGGAGACUGUUCUGUGAGUAGUUUUGUGUAGAAAGAGUUGAGAGGUGCCUGGAUUUAAAACCACUCUGAGGUGCUAUGCUUAAUAGAAAGAAGAAGAAUCCCGUUCCUGAAGUACCGCGCGUCACCAAGCCGGAUGGCAUGAAGUCCUGCCAGCCCAUCCCACAAUCCACCAGGCAGCGUUACUUGUCGGGGGUUUAUUCCAAGCUUUGUGCCCCUGACAUUUUGACAUUUUCCACCUCGGUACGGGUAGCAUCUUUAAAAUGAUGUCAAACCAAGAAUCUGUCGACAGCCGCGCGAGUCGUCAUUGGCUUUAAGAUACAAUCUGAGCUGUGCGUCGUAGGAUAAUAGUGAGGAAACCUGCGGAGUGUGACAGACAUUAUACUGCCCUAUCUUGUAUAUCAGACUGCCACUCUGGAUUCUUUUGCAGCACUGUUGGCACAAGAGCUGGGUUUUGAGGAGUAGUAGUUCAUAGCGAUCCAAAGGGACUCUGUAGGUUGGAAAACUGUGCAGUUGAAAGAUAGAUGUAUGUUUGUAAUUAAGGUCUAGAAAAUGAGUGAAAGCUGUGUAAAUAACAUGACCAUAUAUCUGUUUUUUUGUUUGUUUUUUUUUCCUUUUUUUUUUGUUUUGUGGUUGUGCUGAAGAGGGUAUUUGUAUGGGAGGUGGGUUUUAAAUGUUUCCCCUUGUUUGUGUUCCUUGCACCUUGCCAUAAUGCAUCAUGACAAAAGCAGAACCUCUGUUACACUGGAGGUCGUAUGAAAAUCAAGAAAGCAAAUCAGAUGAAAACAAAGCAGGAUGAAAGCCUCAUGUGGAGGUCUGCUCAGCAUUUUUGUUCAUUAUUCUUGCUUCAAGUAUCAAACAUUGAUUAUAAGAAAAAUUAAUAAAGAAUUUUUAAAAUGGG